AUGGCGGCGCCGCUGCGGGUGGCGGCGAUGGCGGCGGUGCUGGCGGCGGCGCGGGCUCCGCUGCCCCCCGAGCUGCGGGGACCGGCGGGGGACGCGCGGCAGGAGGCGGCGGUGCGGGCGCUGGCGCGGCGUCUGCUGGGCUCCAGGGCCGCCGCCGUGGCGCUGUCGGUGGACGCGGCGUUGGCGGCGGGCGGGCCUGACGCGUACCGGCUGCGCUCCCCGCCCGGCGGCGCCGUGGCCGUGGCCGUGACGGGCUCCAGCGGCGUGGCGGCCGCCGCCGGCCUCUACCGGUACCUGCGGGACUUCUGCGGCUGCCAUCUCUCGUGGUCCGCGGCGCAGCUCCGCCUGCCGGACCCUCUGCCGCGGUUACAGAGCGAGAUCCGCGCCGCCACCCCCAACAGGUACCGCUACUACCAGAACGUCUGCGCCCACAGCUACUCGUACGCCUGGUGGGGCUGGGAGCGCUGGGAGCGCGAGAUCGACUGGAUGGCGCUGAGCGGCAUCAACGCGGCGCCCGCCUUCGCCGGGCAGGAGGCGCUGUGGCAGCGGGUUUACCGCACGCUGGGGCUGAACCAGAGUGAGAUCGACGCGCACUUCACGGGGCCGGCGUUCCUGGCGUGGAACCGCAUGGGGAACCUGCACGGCUGGGCCGGGCCGCUGCCGCGCGCGUGGCACCUCCAGCAGCUGUACCUGCAGUACAGGAUCGUGGAGCGGAUGCGUUCGCUGGGGAUGACCACGGUGCUGCCGGCCUUCGCGGGCCACGUGCCGCCGGGGGUUCUGCGGGUCUUCCCGCGCAUCAAUGCCACGCGCCUCGGGAACUGGAGCCACUUUGACUGCACGCUGUCCUGUGCCUACCUGCUGUCCCCUGAGGAGCCCAUGUUCCAGGUGAUUGGGACGCUCUUCCUGAAGGAGCUCAUCAAGGAAUUUGGCACUGACCAUGUCUACAGCGCAGACACCUUCAACGAGAUGAGCCCGCUGUCCUCUGACCCCGCAUACCUGGCGGGCAUCACCAACGCCGUCUUCAGGGCCAUGACGGGAGCGGAUCCCGAGGCGCAGUGGCUGAUGCAGGGCUGGCUCUUCCAGCACCAGCCGGCCUUCUGGCAGCCGCCGCAGGUGCAGGCGGUGCUGCGUGCUGUGCCCCUGGGCCGUAUGAUUGUCCUCGACCUCUUUGCCGAGUCCAAACCCGUCUACGAGUGGACCGAGUCCUUCUAUGGGCAGCCCUUCAUCUGGUGCAUGCUGCACAACUUUGGCGGCAACCACGGCCUCUUCGGCGCCGUGGAGGCCAUCAAUCAUGGCCCUUUUGCGGCACGGCGCUUCCCCAACUCCACCAUGGUGGGCACGGGGCUGGUGCCCGAGGGCAUCGAGCAGAACGACAUGGUGUACGAGCUGAUGAAUGAGCUGGGCUGGAGCCACGAGCCCCUUAACCUCCCUGUGUGGGUGUCCCGCUACGCCCAGCGCCGCUACGGGGCCCCCAGCGCCGCCGCCAGCGCCGCGUGGCAGCUGCUGCUGCGCAGCGUCUACAACUGCACCGGCGCCUGCGUCAACCACAACCGCAGCCCGCUGGUGCGCCGCCCGUCCCUGCACAUGGAUACACAGCUCUGGUACAACGCCAGCGACGUCUAUGAGGCGUGGAGGCUGCUGCUGAGUGCCGGCACUGCGCUGGGCUCCAGCCCGGCCUUCCGCUACGACCUGGCCGACGUGACGCGGCAGGCGGUGCAGCAGCUGGUGGGCGAUUACUACCAGCGCAUCCGCGACUCCUUCCAGCGCCGCGCGCUGCCCGAGCUGCUGGCGGCCGGCGGGGUUCUGCUGUACGAUCUGCUGCCCGAGCUGGACGCACUGCUGGGCUCCCAGCGCCUCUUCCUGCUGGGCCGGAUGCUGCAGUCCGCCCGCGCCGUCGCCACCAGCGAGCGCGAGGCUGAGCAGUACGAGCGCAACGCCCGCAACCAGGUGACGCUGUGGGGGCCCAGCGGGAACAUCCUGGACUACGCCAACAAGCAGCUGGCGGGGCUGGUGCUGGAUUAUUAUGGGGUGCGCUGGAGCCUCUUCGUCUCUCUGCUGGUGGAGAGCCUGAACACAGGCAGCCCCUUCCACCAGGAGCAGUUCAACCAGGCUGUCUUCCAAGUGGAGAGGGGCUUCGUCUACAAUGAGAAGCGCUACCCUGCGACGCCCGUUGGUGACACACUGGAGAUUGCCAGGAAGAUCUUCCUCAAGUACUACCCCAGUGCCAAACAGGGUGGCCGAGAUGGGCCCCCCUGAUGUGGGAUUGUGCCACUCAGAGCCCCCCAGGAGGAGGGCAGAGCCCCCACACCUGAGUGCUGCAUCCCUGUGACGCCAGAAUGAAGGCGCUGAGCAUCAGCGAGAGCGGACAGCAUCCCAGAUGAUGGGAAUUGCCCCAGGGGCUGCUGCAGCCUGAGACCUGCUUGAUCCUGCCAGCACCCAGCCUGUCCCAUGCUGGGCUGCCCACAGAGCGUGGAGGCACAGGAGUACAGCUCUGCUGCCCCACUGGAAGCUGGGUGGUGCCUGGGCAGGAGCUGGCAAAGGCUGGAGCAGCAAAAUAGGGGUCCCCGGGGCAGUCUUGGGAGGACUGUGGUGCUCCAAGGGCAGCCCCAGUUACACACAGUGCCUUUGUAUUGAAAGAGACUGCCAGGCUCCCCAUGGCGGAGUUUUCUCUGCCUUUUCUUCCCAGUGCUGGCGGUCAGCACGAGGGGCUAUUAAAGCCCUGGGUGCUCAGUGCCGUUGGGUUCCUGUGUCCGUCUCUGCUGUCCUCCAGCACACCGUUUGUUUCUAAUGAGCUGAAGGGAGCAGCUCAUGACCCACACAGAGGGAAUGUGGGUGGUGUGCAGGGAAAAAGUACCACAGGAUGUGGGGCAGCUCGGGGCCAUCCCAGGCUGGUGCAGGGCUGGGGGGAUUGUGGCAGCAGCGUGGGGUUCUUAUCGCCUUAGCUGCAGGUGGCGAGCCUUGAGAUAAGUGGGCAGACACAACACGGCGGGUGGGUG